AUGAUUAUGUAUGAUAUAUACAAAAACACUGUCAUUCAGUUGACAAACGACAUCGAAUCAGUUACAUUACCAUCGAAUGUCACAACAAUAUCAAGUUAUUCAUUUGCAAACUCAAAAUUAUUGCGUACAGUAAACUUCGAAUCAAAUAAUAAACUCACAACAAUCAUGGUCAAUGCAUUUGAUGGUUGCAGUUCAUUAUCGACAAUCACACUUCCAACAAGUUUGACCACUAUUGAUCAAUAUGCAUUUAGUUAUUGUUCAACUUUGAGAUCAAUUUCAUUUCCUAACUCACUGACAUCUAUUGGAAGAAACGCAUUUCAAUAUUGCACAUCACUCACAACAAUUACUUUCUCAAAUGUAGUUUCAAUGACUAUUAAAGAAUAUUGUUUCAUUAACUGUAAUUUGUUAGAUUCUGUAUCAUUUGGAAAUGGCUUGAGUUCAUUAGGAUUCAAUUGUUUUGAGAAUUGCACUCGACUUGAACAGUUAAGAUUUCCUGCAUCACUCAAAUCGAUCGGUAUGAACUGCUUCUUCAAUUCAGGUCUGAAGAAUGUCAUCUUCCCAGAAGACAGUGUUUUCUACGACAUCAGUCCAUCAUCAUUCCGAGGAUGCACACAACUUACAAAUAUCCAACUUCCUGUCAAUGUCCGAAUUCUUGGCGAAAACUGUUUCGAAUCUACUAAGCUCUCUAUUUUCAGUGUUCCAUGUUCUGUUGUCACUAUCAGCAGUUAUUCAUUCCGAAACUGUUAUGAACUUAGUGAAUUCAUCAUUGUUGAAAACAACAAUCUGAAAACGAUCGAAGAUCGUGCAUUUGAUGGCUGCACUCGUCUUCGUUUGUUCCGAAUCGAAUCGAGUAACUUCUUCACCGUAUUCAACGGUGCACUUUUUAACAAAAACAUGUCUACACUUAUUUGUUUCCCACCAGCAUCUUCUAUCAAGUACUUCUCAUUCCCCGAAGAAGUUCGCAUUGUUGGUAGUGGUGCAUUCUUUGGAUGUCGUAGCAUCAUGAGUAUUCUUAUCCCAGACAACUCCAUCGAACGUAUUGGAACGUUUUCAUUCGCAAACUGCACUUCUCUUAAGAUGAUUAAUAUUCCAUCAUCUAUCAAAAUUAUUGAGAAUGGUGCAUUUUCAGGGUGCAUUUCUCUUAAAUGUGGUGUCUUCAUCGAUAACAAAGAACGAAGAUUCAUUCAAGAACUUAUUGAAACAUCUCUUCUUCCAGUUACUGCCAUUAACGAGUGUGGUCUUUUUAGUUGCAAAGUACACAACAAAUUUGACAUCCCAGUCUCUCCUUCAUACUUAUUUGUUUUCAUUCUCAUGUAA